AACGAAACGACACUCGGCAAGAUGCCGCGACCGCCGCCGCUAACGGCGGACGAAGUCGCGAGGGAGCGGAAGAUGCUUCGCGAACUCAAAGCCAUGCGAAAGAACGAACUAGCUCUGUCAACGCUGUCGAAGAAGCGCACGCGAGUACCCAAGAUCGACGACGACAACCCGUUUUGCACCGACAGACAGCUCCAAGACGAUAUAGCCCUCGCUGCGUUCAACAAGAACCCUCAAUUAAACGCUAAACGAACUCCCUUUACUACCCCUCGGACGGCUCAAAAUCCACACAACCACACUGACAUUCGAGUUCCGCCACAGCGACAGCCGCACGUCUUUCACGACGCCAACUCGUCACAUGUGGCGGUGAGCUUUCCAGCGUACCAUGCGUCCAUUUCAAUCGCCAAGCCAUACGCGGCGUCAACCCGCCGAUCUUCGCCACCAACACAACACGAGGCAGUUAAGAAGCCAAUAACGUUCGGCCAUCGCCCCACGUCGGCGUCGCGGCACUUCAAUCCCGUCACGUCAGAGCUCAACGCGUCGGCCGCGUUUGCGAAGAAGAAACCGCUUCGUCAAACAGGAGGAAUUGCGAUUGGGAUGAGUGCCGAGAGCUUGAAGGGGCUAUUGCAUCAGUCAGUGGUUGCUCGCUCCAAGACCGAGUCGGACGAGUCACCGAAUGCGAAUCGAAUGCAGUCGCCAGGCCAAGGCAGAAGCUGUUUGAAUGAGGCCGGCAACGACGCGAUUGCGGCUCUGGAAAAGGGCUUUGACACAAGGCAAUACAUGGCUCCCAAGCUGAAGAAGGAGAGCAUCUUGAACACCCCCACCGACGCCAGCGUCGGUGAAAUCCUCGCCAAGUAUCGCAAGCUUGCUGUGGGGCUCUCGUGACUCCAUAGGUGCCUGUCGAAUGCAUGGGUGCCACAACCACAGUUCUAGUCACUUUAUAAGGAAAAUGGGAGAUGCUACUGCCA